AUGCAGUCAACUCUGUGUCUUCCGGUUCCGUCUCGAAGCCUCUUACGAUUUCUUCGGUGUCAGUCCAAGAGGGCUUUCGCGUGCGCAAACCAUGGCCGAGACACAAUAACUACUUCAGCUAUACGCUGUCACGCUCGAUCGUUGAAUACUGCGAUACGGAAACAACCUUUAGCAUUGACUACGGCAUGCGAAAGACAAGUCACAACUUUGGAGCCGUCGCUCUUCGACAGAGACCCUGUUACCCGAAAGCUUCCACAUCGAAACCAACCUUUGACAUCACAAAACUAUUUCAGUACGAGCCGAAAUGCGCGCGGUUUCUGGAGUGGACGGAAGUCGAGCUCGAGUUAUAUGCCAACCUGGAACAGCCUUUUCAAGUUGGCAGGGAAGAAAGAUAACAAGGCUCUGAAGCCAGACGACCUACCGAAUCAUGACGAGUUUAGUGACAACUCGUCUAUUUUCAACAAUCGGCGAACACUUGCAGCCAAGGCGGCAUCUGAGCCUCGACUACGCUGCACGGAAGUCGAUGAGCAUGGGAACGUAAUCCUGGUGGAUGGGGAAUUUAAAAAGACCGAGCUCAUUGCCAAGUUUGGCUUGCUGCCCCGUGAUUUGCGAAAAAUUGAUUCGUCAAACCUACCUCACAUACUCAUCCGUCCUUCGGCCAUCUUACUCAAUCUGCUUCAUCUCAAGGUCUUGAUCAAGCAUGACAGAGUUCUUCUCUUCGAUAUUUACGGUUCCAAGACGUCAUACCCCCAAUCGGCCUUUAUGUACGAUCUGCAGGGGAAGCUACAGCAAAAGACCGCGCCAGGAAAUGCCUCUCUCCCUUACGAGUUCCGUGCGCUGGAAGCCGUACUGACGUCGGUCACGUCUGAACUGGAAGCCGACUUUGAGGCGGUGCGCGAGCCCGUCAUGCAUAUUCUUAGUGAACUCGAGGACGACAUUGACAGACACAAGCUGCGCAUGCUUCUCAUCCUGUCCAAGCGGGUGAGCACUUUCGAACAAAAGGCCAAGCUUGUCAGGGAUGCUAUCGAAGACCUCCUUGAAGCGGAUGAUGAUCUCGCAGAUAUGUAUCUGACUGAGAAAACGCACGAUCUGUACCGAGGAGUGGAUGACCAUACUGAAGUUGAAAUGCUGUUGGAGUCGUACCACAAGUUGACAGACGAAAUCGUGCAGGAGGCUGGCAACCUUGUUUCUGGCAUCCGAAACACGGAAGAAAUCGUUCGUGCUAUUCUAGAUGCCAACCGCAACGCUCUCAUGCUGCUUGACCUCAGGUUCAGCGUUGGAACAUUGGGCUUGGCAAUGGGAACAUUCCUGGCUGGUCUUUACGGCAUGAACCUGGAGAACUUUAUCGAAGAGACUAACUGGGGCUUCGCUGGUGUCACCGGGGUCUCGGUUGUCUUCUCGCUUAUCGUAUGCUGGUACGGCCUCACCAAGCUCCGCCGCGUACAGCGUAUCAAGAUGAUGGACGAUGAACGGCCGGCGAUCGCUCGUGGACAGUCUUAUUUCCCUGAUGAUCGCUCGGCGCUGGGACUCCUUGAUAACAGGAACCGAGAGAUGCUCCGACGAAUCAACAUGCAGAAAGCCGUAUCACAGCAGAAAAAGAAGUGGUUGUAG